AUGAAGGCCCGGGUACUGUCACACAGUGAUUAUACGGUUGCGUGGAUAUGCGCCUUACCGAUAGAAAUGGCGGCUGCGAAAAGUCUGCUCGAUGAGAUUCAUAAUCCGCUAGCCCAAUCAUCGAUUGACCGCAAUAUCUACACGCUUGGUAGUCUCAGCGGACAUAACCUAGUGAUUGUCUGUCUGCCGUCUGGUGUCCAUGGGACGACCUCGGCCACUUCCGUGGUGAUUCAGACAAUACAACCUUUUCCCUGCAUCAGAUUCGGGCUAAUGGUCGGUGUUGGAGGGGGCGUUCCUGACGAAAGUCAUGGUAUUCGCCUGGGCGAUGUGGUCGUCAGUACGCCAACUGCAGGAUCCGGCGGCGUGAUUCAGUACGAUUAUGGAAAAACAUACCGGGAUGGUUACCUCCAGCGCACCGGUUCUCUCAAUAAGCCACCUCAAAUUCUGCUGAAUGCUACAUCUCAGAUGCGUUGUGAUAGUAUGUUGCAGAAGACGAAUAUUGGAAAGAUCGUAUCGGAUGCCUUACAGGGAAACUUGGCCAUUGAAAGAUCAUUUGUCCGACCAGAUAAUGAUUGGCUUUUUCGCUCAACAUAUGAGCAUCAAGGUAGGGCCGAAUAUUGCUCAUCGUGCGACAAGAGUCAACUGGUGCAGCGUGCGCCACGGGCAAGUAACGAACCGCAUAUACAUUACGGCCUGAUUGCGUCGGGUAAUCAAGUCAUGAAGGAUGCUCGAACGCGCGACUCUAUUGCCAAAGAGUUGCAUGCACUCUGCUUUGAAAUGGAAGCGGCUGGGCUUAUGGAUCAGCUUCCAUGUCUGGUGAUACGGGGGAUCUGUGACUACAGUGAUUCUCACAAGCACAAAGAGUGGCAGGGCUAUGCAGCUCUUGUGGCAGCCGCUUAUACGAAGGCACUCAUAUCAAUUAUUCCGCUGGCGAAGGACACCGUACUGCAGGAGCAAGUAUCCGAACUUACUGAAAAGGAGAAGGAAUGCCUAGAAAACCUGUUUAUCACCGACCCAGAAGAAGAUAUGAACGCGUUAAAAAGAAGAAAGGGGAAUCGCACCUCAGGAACGUGCAGCUGGUUUUUGGAAUCGAACGAACUCAAAUCUUGGUUUCGGGGAGCCAAAGGCGUUGACGACGUAGAACGAAACGUCUUGUGGCUUUAUGGCAACCCUGGAAUUGGCAAGUCCACGAUGGCUAUAACGCUUGCAGAGGAACUACCGAAGCAAGAUUAUUUCUCCAAUGGAAAUAAUGUUCUAUCUUACUUUUUCUGCGAAGCCAGCUCUGAACACCAGAGAAAGGCGACCUCUAUCUUGCGUGGUCUUCUAUAUCAAAUCAUCAAUCAGUACCCGCCUUUCAUAAAACAAAUGAUGUCAAAAUAUGACGUUCAGAAAGGACGAUUGUUCACGUCGUUCGAUGCACUAUGGGCCAUGUGUCUCCAUCUUGCCAGCAAGGCAGGGAACUUAGAGGUGGUUUGCAAACUUGUAGGAGAAGGUCAUGAUAUCCUGUUGCAGGACGUCGACGGGUUGAGCCCGUUUCAUUAUGCGCUGCAUGGCGGUCGAUUAGAUGUCUUGCAUUUCAUGUCAGAGACCUGCAAUAGAGCGCUUUCGGGGGUUUGGCAUUCGCUUGACCACUUCGGCAAAACCCCGUUGCACCAUCAUGUCUCGUCCGACUUAUGCUCAGCCGAAGUGAUUGAUUUUCUGGUGCAGCUUGGUUGCGACGUCAAUGAAUCUGAUACAGAGGGAAACUCUUCCCUAGGUCUGUACAUGGGCUCGUCUCACCUAUUAGUUCAAAGAGACAUAUUUUUUCUCCUCGUCCAGAAAGGUGCUGAUCCGCUAUGGGUCAAUGGGUACGGACAAAAUUUGGCGCAUCUUCUCAUGCAUUACAGGGGAGCAGAUAAUACGAUCCUUGAAUUUUUGUUCGAUAUUGACUUGGAUCCAGGAGCCAGAGAUCUUGACGGGAAAACAUUUAUGCACCAUGGAGAGACUCACGGCGCGUUCACCAAGGAACUUGUAGAGUUUCUUCGUCGUAGAGGUGUCUUGGACCUGCAUGCCACAGACUCAUUCGGCAAGACUCCCCUCAACUACGCGGAAGAACAGGCUCAUCGUGAAGUACCGGAAGAUAUCCUCUGGCGUCUCGACCGACGAAGGGAAGAAUCAUUCAAGAAUCUGAAUACAAUAACCCCUUUGGAAUUCUGA